AAGGAUAGAAAUAAUGGUAGAAGAAAGAUAGAAGAGCAUAACAGAAGAGAAUGGAUAAUAUAACAGCAAGUGAAAUAGCUGGUUUAGCAGUUGGUGUUCUUCUUCUUUCUGCUACCAUUGCUGCUCCCAAAAUUGAUACCUUCUUCUCUUCUUCUCAACGCAGCUCAUUGGGGUUGUGCAAGCGAUGUGGCAAUGUAAGAAGAACGGCUUGCGCGAAAUGCAAAGGAACUGGAACGAUCAAAGAAGGAGGAUUACUUAGUUUUAACCUUGUAGAUGAUUUGUAUGAAACAAUCGGUAAUCGCGAAUCACAGGUGAAGAAGAUAGCUUGUGAUAAAUGUCAAGCCAAAGGUUAUUUUCCAUGUCCUGAAUGUUCUAAACUAUAAUCAGUGUGGUUUUAUCUUCUUUGCUUAUAAGUAUUUUCUUUCUUACAUUAUUGAAUCUCAACAUGUAACAUUUUGAUUAUUAUGAUCCCCUCAGACAUGGUGGUAUACGUAACAAAAGUUUAUCUUCUGCUACUCAUGUCCGAAUCCUGCUUUUUUAUCGAGAUUCUUCGUAUGUUUUUGGUUUUCA